AGGGGAGAUGAGGCAACAGGCCCUCUACUGGCCCCUUCCCAGGUUCUGCCAUGCCUGGUGCGUGGCUGCCGUGUGGGAUGGAGGAGAUGACACACUGGGGGUCAGAUGACUGAGGGAGGGUCAACCACCAAGCUCGCGGCCUCCCAGCUGGCCCCUGCCGGGCACCGUCGGAGGCCUGAGCCCAUGGGGCCUCAGUGGAUGGCUCACCUGGCCAGAUAGUAUGCGUGGGCCUCGGCUGGGGUGGGGGCUCCAGCCAGGUGGGCAUUUGGGCCAGCCUGAGCUGCCCAUGUGACCUGCUUCCGAGCAGUGUGGGGAGGGGCUGCCCCAGAGGAGCAGGGCGCGGCGACAGAGCUGGUUUCCAGACAAACAAGAGGAAAGAAUGUUUUCAGAACUGAGACAGAGUGCGGGGCCGUGGCGGUGGCUGGGGCUGAGCGUGUAGGCGGGCAGCCGCCAGCAGGUGUAACUUAGCUGGGACAGAGAUGUCAAUCAGCUAGGUCCAUGGGCUGCCACAUGUGGACCCCGUGUGCGGCAGGUGUCAGGGCCUUGGGCAGAGGGCAGGGUGGUCCUGUAAGGAGUAGGGUGCUGCCAGGCCCUGAGUUAUUGCCAUCUCAGAAGCUAUAGUUUGUCUUAAAAAUGUUUUUCUCACCUUCAGUGGGAGAGGGGUACAAUACUUACACGCACACGCGUGUAUAGCAGGCUGCCUGGGUGCUCUGCCCCUCCCCUGUGGACCCUCCCUCUCUGGAGGCUGAGCCAGCAACCUGCGGUGGCCCCUGCGGGCAGAGCCGGCUGGUGGAAUUUCCUGCAGGUGGGGAGGGAACUUCUUACCUGUGCCCGUCACCACCAGGAGGAGGGGGAUUUCCAGCCCCUGCGGGAGGCUCCCCGCCUGAAGCUUCAGGUUAACCGUUAAGCAGAGAAUCCUGUCUCUUGGUUCAGAUUUUAAAGGCACCGAAGACAUGAACAGCCUCUGCCAUGGGGCGCCAGGAUGAGAGCUCUGUGUGGGAGGAAGCAUGUGCACAUGUGUGCAUGCGUGUCUGUGCUCAUCUCCGCUCAUGCCCCACAGUGACGGCAUACUGGCCGUCCUGCUGUCCCGAGGGCCCUGGGGCUUGUCUUUCCUGUCCCCCCCAAACCCGGGUAGCUGUGGGGUCAGGGAGAGCCUGGCAUGGCCUCCAGAGUGUUGGGAGAGGCAGCGCUUGUCCACCCAGGGGGCAGAGCAGAGGGUCUGUCCUCAUGGGCCACCCCUUCCAGACACAAGCCCAGGGGUUCACAGGGGCAGCACACACACGUCCGGGCACGUGGGGCUAGCACCACACAUGCGUGCCACACAUGUGAUUGACACACACUCCCAGGCACACAUCACGCCCAGGACACCCGGCAGUGCUUGACCAGCAGCAUGUGUUGGGUCUGCGUGGGCAGCUUAUCCUCUUCCAGUCCUGGAGGCUGGACAUCGGAGACCCAGGUGUGGGCAUGGCCGGUGUUGCCGUGUAGCCAGCUCUGUUCUCUGUGUCCUGUGCAUGUCUGUGCUCUGACCUCCUCUUACAUGGACACAAGCCACACUGGAUCAGGCCCACGUGUGACCCCACCACGCCAUCCUUGCCCCCUAAAAGGCCCCUUCUUCCAGUAUAAGCCUCAUGAGGGUCGGGCUUCCACGUGCGGGUUGUGGCCUGUGAAUUCAGUCCCUGAUGCCUGCUGUGCUCAGGGACACGCAGCUGCUCUGUCACACCUGCACACGCCUGCACACCCAUGCCCAUGUUGGCGCUCACUGUGGGUACUGGUCAGGAGGGGCCCGGUCCAUCAGAACUGCUGGCAUUGGUUUGGGCUACUUUUGGACACUUGGGCCGGUGACCAUGCUCCAGAGCCCCCAGUACCACCUCCCCUCCCCCAUAGUUGAUGCCUGACCCCAUGUGCUGCCCUGGCUCACCCACGGACUCUGGGCACCCUUUGGCGAAGCGAAGGGUGAGGAUUGGCAUCAGUGCGGCUGCGGCAACCCCCCCCCGCCAACUUCUCCUGAGGGUUCGGCCCUGCAGAGAGAGUGGGAGUCUAGAAGCAGCAAGCCACAUGAAGGCAUCCCAAGACCAUUCUGGUCCGGGCAGCUUGGCUAGGCCAGGCAGGGCAGGGGGGCAGCCAAGAUGCCUGGCCGAAAGGGCUCCGGCUCCACUUUACCGUGAGACAGGAGUGAGAGUGUCCUGUGGUGGGUGCAGACCAGCUGGACUGGAGAACUGGCCUGGCCCUGGCAGGGCUGGGGGAGCUGCAGGUCCCCCUCAGGCCCUGGGUCUACACACCACAGCUGCUGGCUGGGCUGAGCUGAGGCCUAUGGGUAUUGUUGCGGGGUCGGGGCCCCUGAGCCCCAGGGCCAGAAAAGAAGGCUGGGAGUGGGCUUCCCAGACUAGCUGCCUUCCAGCGCUUCCUGGGGCCCUCCUAGUCCCCUCCUCGCCCUCCCCACCCCUCCCCCGCAGCCCUUAUAGCCACUUCCUGCAAGGAAAAACCCCAGACUCCCAGAGCCUCGGAGCUGAGAGGAGCUGAGAGGAGCUGAGAAUGUGCGUGGGGACCCAGCCGCCCAGGGCGCCGGGCUCAGCCCUCCUGCUCCUUGGGCUCAUGCUGGGUGCUGCGGCCCAGCCCCGCUGUCCUGGGGACACCUACCCCAGUGGCAACAGGUGCUGCAAAGAGUGCCAGCCAGCAGGUUAUGGGAUGGAAAGCCGCUGUACCCAUGACCGGGACACAGUGUGCCGCCCGUGUAAGCCCGGCUACUACAACGAGGCCGUCAACUACGAGCCCUGCAAGCCCUGCACCCAGUGCAGCCAAAGAAGCGGGAGUGAACCCAAGCAGAGAUGCACACCAACCAGAGACACAGUCUGUGGCUGCAGGCCGGGCAGCCAGCCCCAGGACAGCUACGGCUACAAGCGUGGAGUUGACUGUGCCCCGUGCCCACCAGGACACUUCUCCCCAGGCAAUGACCAGGCCUGCCAGCCCUGGACCAACUGCACCUUGUUAGGAAAGCGAACACUGCGGGCGGCCAAUAGCAGCUCGGAUGCCAUCUGUGAGGACAGGAGCCCCCCGGCCACACCACCGUGGGAGACCCAGGGCCCCCCAGUCCAGUCCACUACUGCCAAGCCCACCACCUCCUGGUCUAAGGCCUCACAGGGUCCAUCCAUGCCCCACACAGAGACCCCCAAGGCCCCUGAGCUGUCCGCUGUCCUGGGCCUCGGCUUGGGCCUGGGCCUCCUUGCCCCUGUGGCUGCCACGCUGGCCCUGCUCCUCCACCACAGGGCCUGGAGGCUGCUGACCAACACCCCCAAACCCCCAGGGGGAAACAGCUUCCGGACCCCUAUCCAAGAGGAGCACACUGAUGCCAACUCCAGCCUGGCCAAGAUCUGAACAACGUCUGCUGGGGUGGGAGCCGGUGACCCCUCCCCAGGCUGGGGCCCCAGAGGGGCAGUGGGGGCCCCCAGGUGCAGGCUGCCCCCGUGUCACCCCUGCACGUGGCGCCCUGACCCCUGCCUGUGCCGUUUUAGGUGCUCCUGGGCUGGCCCUGGGCUCUGCUACGUAUGCUGUGCAUACUCCCCGCCCAGGGUGGGCCCCCAAUA